AUGCCGGACCAGACCCUUAGAGACAAGGUCGCCAUCGUGACGGGCAGCAACACGGGCAUCGGCGCCGCCAUAGCCCAGGAACUAGCAUCCCGGGGCGCGAGCGUCGUGAUCAACUACCCGUUCCCGUCCCUGCAGUCCUCGGCGGAGCGGGUGUUGGCCUCGCUGCCCACGGCCUCGACCUCGAUGGCGGUGGAGGCGGACCUGAGCACGGAGACGGGGCCGCAGUCGCUCGUGGACGCCGUGGUGUCCCGGUACGCUGCUGGCGGCGGCGGCGGCGGCGGCGGUGAUGGUGGUACGGGUCGGAUCGACAUCCUGGUGAACAACGCGGCGCUGGCUGUCAACAGGCCGUUCGAGUCGCAGACGCUGGACGACUGGAACGCGCUCGUGAACCUCAACGGGCGCGGCGUCUUCCUGCUGACCCAGGCCGUGCUGCCGCACCUGCCCAAAGGCGGCGACGGCAAGGUCGGGGGCGGCCGCAUCGUCAACAUCUGCUCGAUAUCGGCGCGGGCGGCGCCGGCGCUGCAGACCAUCUACGCGGGGACCAAGGGCAUGGUGGACAGCUUCACGCGGGUGUGGGCCAAAGAGCUGCCGCCCAAGUACGGAUGCACCGUGAACGCGGUGUCGCCGGGGCCGACCAUGACCGAGGGCUUUGCGGCGGCGGGCGAGGAGUUCAUGAAGGCCAUGCAGCCCGUCAUGGACCAGACGCCCGUCGGUGGCCGCAUGGCAAAGCCGGAGGAGAUUGCGUUCGCGGUCGGCUUCUUGUGCGAGCCGAGGGCUAGUUGGAUCAAUGGACUGCAUCUAGUGGCGAGUGGAGGGCUGCAUAUUGAUUGA